UUUAUCGCAAACGUCGUCCCCAAGUUUCCAAUUAUCUCUUCAUUUAUUAUAUAUCUGUCAUGAGAGAAAGAAUCAUUGAUCUUUCCUUGAUUUCUUUUCUUGUCAAUUAAGAGAGAAUGGAGAAGUACCAUGAGCAUGAGGUGGUUAUCGUCGGCGCCGGCAUCGCCGGGCUGGCGACGGCGGUGGCCCUGAAGAUUGUAGGAUUGCCGAGUUUGGUGCUUGAGCGAUCACCGGAUCUCCGAGCCGCCGGUGCCGCCUUGACUUUGUUCCCCAACGCUUGGCGCGCUCUCGAAGCCCUCCGUGUUGCUCACAAGCUCAUUCCCCUCUACCCCGCCGUCAACACAGCACGAGUUACAGAUCUUUCAAGUGGAUCGACUAAAGUGGUACCCUUUAACAAGACAGAGAGAGGUGACACAGGAAUAAGGUCAGUACACAGGAAGGCCCUGUUACAGGCACUGGCCGAGGAACUGCCACCGGACAACAUAAGGUUUUCUUCCAGGAUAGUCUCCAUCGACCAAGAACAGGGUUCGUCGCCGACCACAACUGUGCACUUGGACGACGGUUCCGUUAUCAAAGCCAAAGUGCUCAUUGGAUGCGAUGGCGUUCACUCGGUCGUGGCGCGGUGGUUGGGCCUCUCGCCGGCUGUUGACUCCGGCCGCUCCGCCAUUCGGGGACUCGCGGUGUUCCCCGACAGCCACGGGCUCAAGAAUGAAGUCUUGCAGUUCCUCGGUGAUGGAAAAAGAGGAGGGGUGGUUCCUCUUAACAACAAGGAGCUUUACUGGUUCAUCACCCGCGCCUCCGAUGACACAGAUAAAGAGAUGGCCAGAGCAACGCCGGAGUUCAUCGUGGAAGAAGUGCAACGGCACUUGACCGAAGACUUCCCGCCGGAGUUGCGAUGUGCCGUUGAACACGCGGACGCGAGCACCGUGAGCUGGGCGCCGCUGCUGCUCCGGGUCCCGUGGGACCUCCUCCUGCAGCGGACACAGAAGGGGUGUGUGACGGUCGCAGGCGAUGCUAUGCAUCCCAUGACACCCGAGAUCGGGCAGGGUGGGUGCGCCGCGCUGGAGGACGCCGUCGUGCUGGGGCGGUGCCUCGCGCGGGCACCGUUGCUGGAGGCUGGAUUGGAGAACUACGCCCGGGAGCGUCGAUGGCGAGUCGCUGGAAUCGUGGCGGCGGCGUAUCUGUCCGGGUGGGUGCAGCAAGGCGGCUCCAACGGCUUGUGGCGGCCGGUGGCCAAGUGGUUUAGGCAAAGGGUAUACUAUCAGUACGUUCAUCCAAGGAUCGUGGCGGCCAUCCGAGGCUAUGACUGCGGGGAUCUGCCGCCGGCGGAAUAGUUAAGUUCUAGCCCCUACUUGAUCGAGACUUACUUUGAGUCAUUUGGUCACUAGACUUAAGUAUUUGAGCAAAAAAAAAAUGGAACCGUCGCUCUAGCGGUUCUCUGAGCCUGGCCCUUCAGAAUUUUAGAAGGAUGAGUGCUAGACUGGAAAGUUGACUGAGUCCACUAGACUUAAGUAUUGCAUGCAUACUAGAUGAAGAAUGUCAAUUUUAUAUAUCUAUUAAUGAAACAAACAUGAUUGAUUUUGA